AUGGAGUUUGGCUACAAAAUUGAAAACCAUCUGCAAGCUGGAGUUACUGCAGUUUGGAAUAAUUUUCACGGUCUGAAACUGGAGGCAGGAGGGCUCAGUAUCCACCCGGAAAUGGAGCGGAGCAACUGGCCGGUGAGCGCGAGAAAGGCGCGCCUGCUGCUGCACCUGACCGCCUCGCUUCACCUGGGCUACGCCAUCUACUUCGACUACUGGUUCGCCCAGCUGCCCCAGCUGGCGGUGGUCCUCCGCCUGGAGCCGCCGAUCGGGGGCAAGUUCAAGUACAUGACCUUCCUGGGCGGCAUCAUCCAGUUCGUCUACUACUUCCUGGCGCUGACCUAUGACCUCGUUCGCCUGUCAUCGCUGCGCACCCUGCGCGAUUACAUGAUGGCCAGCUUUGUGGUUCCCCUAUCGCUCACAGUUAGCCUCACCUUUUGGACCCUCUUCGCCAUCGAUCGGGAGUCUAUAUACCCAGUGGUGCUGGAUCUGGUGUAUCCCGGCUGGCUGAACCACGCCAUGCACACCUUCGUCGUGGUUUACGCCCUCCUCGAGCUGGCCAUCACCCACCACAGAUAUCCGAGCAGGAUGAAGGGAUUCAUCGGAUUGGGUCUCUUCAUGGUGGGCUACCUGGCGUGGAUCCACUUCGUUUGGUGGGUCACCGGGAUCUGGGUGUACCCCUUCCUGGGAGGCAUCCCCUGGUUCCUGCGGGUCGGUUUCUUCAUCUUGGUCAUGGUCCUCGGCUUCGUCUACUAUCGUCUGGGUGAGCACAUCAAUCACGUCAUCUGGGAGCGAACCUGCAAACUGCAAAGGAUUCGCCGCGAUUGAUCACUAUACUUUUUUUCAUAUACAAGUUCGUAAAUACAUUAAGAUCAGAUAAGAUUCCAUUUUUUCAUAUAGAAGAGUAUUACAUUGUACCCAUUCAAACUUAACUACAACAUAGUCCUCAUUUUCAAAAACAAGCAAAAAAAAAAGGUUUCGUAAAAUCAUAUGUGAAGUAACUAAAACGUAAAAAAAACAAUUAAAAGAUAUCACUUUGAAAAAAGUUAAUAAUCGUAAUAUUAAUAUAUUCUUAACAAAAAUUUCAA